AUGGCCGCCAUACCGUUCAAGCACCUUCUCCUUGUGGCCUUCAUCUUGCUUUGUUUCAUCUCUAUCACAGCUGAAGGACGAAGCUUGGGAGUGGUUAGUAAGAGUUCUGAUGAUGGUCAUCAGAAGAGCCAUGAUCUUCAUGACCCCUUUAAACAGAAAGAAGAGGAUCAUGAAGGGUUGCUGCCAGAUGAGAGCAAUGAUUUACUGGCUAUGGAUUACACUCCAGCAAGUAAAAAGCCUCCAAUCCAUAACUAA